ACAAAAUUUCUUUUUUCCGUGAAAAUGGAAAGAACAAGAAAUUGUUUCUCUGUUAUGAUAUGAUGAUUCGAGCAAGACUCAUAAUUUGUUUCACCUUUUUCGGUAAUAUUGUUGCGCCGAUUAGAUUAUAGCUGUCUAAAUCAAAUUCUAGGGUUAGGGUUUCGUGUUUGUAUCAGUGGCAACCGAUUGAUAAUAUUCUUGUUGGGAUUCUUCUUGCGAAAAGCGCUUGAAUUUCGAUACUUUAUUUAUUUCUGCGAACAAAUCGAGGCUGUUGAGUUCGUGGUUUUGAUUUGAAGCCGUCGAUGUGAGAGGGGAAUAAAUCCCUCCAAAAAUGGAUUUUUUUUUUUUUUAUCACUCCAAAAAUGGAAUUCGUGAGUGUGUUUGACGGUUGUUGAAACUAACCGAUUGUUUUUCAGUUGGAAAGGCGAUGACGAGAUCACAGGCGAGAAUGAAGGGUGGUGUCGAGUAGAUUUCGCGACAGAACUGAAAAUAGGACACAUCCACCAUCUUUGACAUAGAUUGGAAGCAAUCCAUGAAUCAAUACAUUCCCUGCUUGAUUUUUCCUUGACGCUGCUGAAAAUCAGAUUAUCUUGAUAAUCUUGAGCAAAUAUUCCCCUUGGAGAGGUCAAAUUUGAUUGGUGGUAGACUUUUACAUAUAUGCAGAAGCCAAAGCAACCGAAGCCUCAGGUACUCGAGAAACCUCUGCCAACAAAAUGGGUAGAUUACAUCAGAGAUGAUCGUCUCAGACUGGCAAUUCCUGUUGGGCCCCGCUUUCAGGCCGAUAUUCCAGAUUGGACUGGUCCACCUCCCAGUAGCCACAAUGAAUCAAGUACCUCAAGAUGGUUGGGCACCCAAGUUUGGCCAAUCAAAGACAGAAGUCUAGAUACCAAAGCCGGUUUGAUAGGGAAAGGGAGGCCUGAUUUCUGUCAAUGCCUCUCCCCCGGAUCCAUAGAAUGUGUUAAGCGCCACGUCAACGAGAAAAGGAUUCAGCUGCAGUUUGAUUUGGGUCCCGCCUUUAUGAGAUGGAAAUUUGAUGAGAUGGGACAAGAUGUUUCCAAGCUGUGGAGCUUAGAGGAGCAGAAGAAGUUUGAUUUUCUUGUGAAAACGAAUCCCAUUUCUCAGGGUAAAAGUUUUCUGAAGCCAGCCGUGGAGUCUUUUCCAUCACAGAGCAAAGAAACCAUAGUGGGCUACUACUUGAAUGUGUAUAUUCCUAGGCGAUUCAGUAUCCAAACUAGGGCGGGAUUUCGAACCGUGGACACCGACGAUGAUGAGUCUGGGGAGGCCCCUAAUUCUAAUAGUUCACGGAAAAGAUAUCGAGCUGAUAUUGUUUCCUCGAGCGGCUCUAAAUAUGCCAGGGCCAGGUACUUGACUGGACGGAGAUGAUGGUGCUAGCACAUGGCUGUUUUACUCUUUUCCAAGCCCCGGGUAUGAGGUUAAGUGGCUCGUUUACACUCUGUAACGAACAUGUAAAGCUCAAAGUUUUGUUGCCGCCAAAAAAAAGAAAAAGAAAACGAAAGAAAGAAAGCACAAAGUUUUGUUGUGUUCAACUUAGAAAGUGAAGUCGGCAUAAAAUUGUAGUAUUUUGAUCUUGUUUUACCUGCCACGAUUAGUAUGUUCAACUUAGGAAGAGAAGUCGGUCUAAAUUGUUGUAUUUUUAUCUUAUUCUACCUGCCACAAUCAGUAUGUUCAAAUUCAGCUCUCAACCAUGUUCGAUUCUUUGUUUCCUUGUUUGAAAAUGUGAGAUUAUUUGGUUCC